UCGCAUACCGGCCCAAUCACGGACCAUCACCGGCCCGAUAAUGGUCCAGUACAAAGAGUUGCAAAGAGUCAAGAACUUGUCCAUAUGGGAUAUUUUCCGUGUCAUUGUAGCAAGAACAAAGAGCAAUGUGUUGCGUUAAUACGGUGUGGAUCUCUACCUUCCUUGUAAGCAACAAUUAGUGCUGCAUGACGCCACAAUUGAUGAUCCCGACGCUUGCAUUACCAGUGAUAGGGAGCAUGAAAGAGGUUAUCUUGCCAUAUCCGAAUUAAUCAAUUGUAUUGGAAUGGAAAAAAGGAACGGCAUGAUUGCCAAGCGCAAUUUACAGUAAAUCUCUGUUUCUCAUAUUUAUUCCUACAAAAUGUCAUCGCGUUUCAGUGGUGCUCUUCAAAUCACAAACCUGGACGAUUUUAUUACUCCGUCUCAGGAAUGUAUAAAGCCAGUAGAAAUUCAGAAAACGCUGACCAAAACUGGAGCGAAAAUAAUAAUUCAGGAAGAUGGAGCUUACACGGAAUUGGGGGAGAGCAAAUCGGCUGAAAAACUUCAGAAAGUAGCGAUCACAUUGGCCGACUGUUUGGCUUGCAGUGGUUGUAUUACCUCUGCCGAAAGUGUACUCGUAACGCAGCAGAGUCACGAGGAACUCUUGCGAGUAUUUGAUGCAAACAGAAAUCAUGGACAGAAUGGUAAAGUCGGGGAUCGGAAGUUUAUAGUUGUAAGUCUUUCGGUUCAGCCAAUAUUAUCCUUAGCGGAGCACUAUAAACUACAACCCGAGGAAGCGGCAAGGAAAUUAGCUGGUUACUUUUAUGAAUUAGGCGCCGAUACCGUCUUGGAUAUGACUGCAGCAGACGAUUUUGUACUGUUAGAAACAGCCAAGGAAUUUGUAGAGAGGUACAAAUCUGCCCAAGAUGGUAUUCAAAAUCAAUUACCUAUGUUGUCUUCUUCCUGUCCAGGAUGGGUAUGCUACGCAGAGAAAACUCAUGGAAAUUUCAUAUUACCAUAUAUAAGUGUAACCAAGUCCCCUCAGCAAAUAAUGGGAUCAAUUGUGAAGUAUCACCUGGCUGAAAUGAAAGGAUUUGCGCCGGAACAAAUAUAUCACGUAACACUGAUGCCUUGUUACGACAAAAAACUUGAGGCAUCCAGACAGGAUUUUUAUAACAGUCUCAAGGAAACGAGAGAUGUCGAUUGUGUAAUUACAUCAAUUGAACUGCAGCAGAUGUUGAGCGAACGGGGAACGCCAUUGGAUGAAAUCAGUGAACGCGACAUUGAAAGACCGUUUGGUCUGUACCACGAACAAUGUGACAACGUUGUUCUCGGUCAUCGUGGCCUAGGUUCUGGAGGAUAUGCAGACUUCAUUUUUGAUUAUGCAGCUCGUAACCUAUUUCAGCAGUCCGGUGUAACAAUUGAAUUUAGGAACCUUAGGAAUCCUGAUUUCCAAGAAGCGGUUUUAGAGCGAGAUGGAAUCGUUUUAUUACGAUUUGCAAUUACUAAUGGAUUUAGGAAUAUUCAAAACCUCGUUCAGAAAUUAAAGAAGAGAAAGUGUUUGUAUCAUUACGUUGAAGUAAUGGCUUGCCCAGCUGGUUGUCUGAACGGUGGUGCUCAAAUUAGGCCUCAAAAUGACUUGCAGCCGCGGGAACUGGCUUUAAAGUUGGAGACAGUGUAUCGCCAACUUCCACAAUGUGACCCUGAAAAGAAUGAAGUUGUACGGAGAUUGUACAAGUCGUGGCUUGGCGGGGAACACUCAGAUAAGUCCUUGGCAUUUUUUCAUACGCAAUAUCAUGAAAUUAAAAAAAUGGAUACAGCACUAGCUAUAAAAUGGUGAUGUGGAGAAUGUUCAGCUGUUAUUUAUUGUUGACACUCGACAAAAUUGUACAAAUACAAGUCUCCGUUACAUAUUAAAGAAAUACAUACAUAUAAUACACUAUCGUAUUCGGGUGCACAAAACCAUAACCUGAGUGCAGAAUUCUAAACUUUUACACUUGUACUUAAAGUUAUUGACGGAAAUAAACAAACGUGAAACCUA